AAUUUUGUUCUUUUUGUCGUUUCUAUAGAGACAACAACGCAAAACAUUGAUGGAAUACUAGUCUCGUCACGUUCACAAGUAACAGUCUGUUCGCAGCAGGAAUUAUAAAAACCUUGCCACUGACAUUUUCACAAAGAUGUUGCCACCACAAGGUCUACUCGUCGCCAUACUCUUUUUCCAGUUCCUCCGAUCAGGCGUCAGUACCACCACACUGACUGCAGUAACGCCUUCAUUAUCUCUAUCUGGAGCCUCCUUGCAAAUGAAUUCAAGCAUGCCGGCAUCAAAUUCGGGCGUCAUAACCGAAACCCCUUCAGCGAUUUCAACCCACAACUUUUCAGCCACCAGUGUAGCUGCCCCCACGACAGUUGCAAAUAGGGGACAGGGAGAGUCGAGCCUACUGCCAACAAAGUCCAGUGCAUCCUUAGUCAAUCAGACUGCUUCUGUGUCUAUUGCUUACAUUAUGUGGUCAAGUUGGAGGGAAGAAAAGGAGAGUGAUUGCCAAGUGAAGUGCUGUGACACAGGCGGCCCAGUCAUUCGUCAGAUAAGAAAUUGUACGAUCCGCAAAGCGCGUUGUGAAGCUCUUAACAAGUGUACAGAUUACGGAGUUACUGAGCGGGACAUCUCUUGUUACACUGCCUGUGAGUGCAUGCACAAUGCAGGGACUACUGAGGAUGUUGCAGUGGUUUUUAUGAUCAUUACAAAUAUUCUUGCGCUGGGUAUACUGAUGACUGGACCCUGAGGACCAAGAGAAGCCAAAACUUCAACUUGUGUUUGUUGUUAAAAUGCUGACGGUUUUUGCAUUAUUUAUUUAGCUCAGUUUUAUGAAACUGUAAUUUUAGAAGAGUUUAGCUUUCAUCUGAACUAGCCGACUGAUUAUUGCUAUUAAUCUAAAGCAUAUCUUAGACUAAUCGCGGCCAGAGCCUUGAUUCCUCGGUGUAAAUGCUUGAUAAAGCCAUAGGGUCUUAGUAGUGACCAGGGUGAGUCUGCUACAGAUUUAAAAAGUACAACUAUUGACCAUGCAGCUCCUAAAUUGUUACAGUAAACUUCAUAGCAAACAAGGAGUAUUCUCGCGCUCUCUCAUCGAGAUCCAUCGACACCUGAGCUGAUUUAUUAAAACCGCUGAAAUUCCAGCGGCACAUAGAGAAUCUGGAACGCAUGCAAUUUGCUAGCAACUAGAAAGAUUGUCUUGAAAAUGCUUAUCUGUAGGUUGAUUCGCGACAAUGAUGGCCCCAGAUGAAUUUUGACACUUGAAAUUUAAGGAGAGUUGGCCACUACAAGAGUGUUUACACAGACAGAAGAUAUAAACUUCUUCGCAUUCGUAUUUCGUUUAACCGAGCCCUGACGAUGGUCGAUAAGAAAAAAUGUCGUUUUAUACUCAUCUAUCGUCGAUUUUCUUUCUUUUUUAAUCUCAGGAUCUCAAGAGAUGUGCGUGCGCGGCAUCCGGGUCUUUCCCUUUCCUCCCAGGGUAACCUGUCCUUCUUUAGUCGCAGCUGACUCCAUAUAGAAAUCAAGAGGAAAUGUAGAGUUGAACCUGCACAUCUCACGGUGACAUAAUCCAAGCUGUAAUUUGAUUUAGGUUAAAUAAAUAAAUAACUUGUCAAGGUGAUUUUUACCGUUUGAUAAAA